AUGAGUUCUUUGUACGAAAACUUUAGGACCAUCAAGGGAAUAUACUUUGAUUAUGUCGAUUCCUUAAUCUGUGCUGGGUAUAAAAUAAUUACUGAUGUUGCAACAAAUGCAGAUAAUGCAGGUGAUUAUCCAGUUACAGUUUUUCGAGUUGAGACCACACCUUAUCCACUGGUACCGCUCCAGGCUGCAUCUUUUGCCAUUUUUGCAUCAACGAGUAAUAAUGACUCUGCAAUUCAAACGCUCAAAGAUAAACUUGAAUCCCAACUUUCACUUAAGAAUCUUGGUCGUUUACAAUACUUCCUUGGUAUUGAAGUUUCUCGCUCUCCCAAAGGCGCUAAGAUUGCUCCUUCUCCCAUGGAACAACAUCUUAAGCUUCUUCCCAAUUCUGGUACUCCACUGUCAGAUCCAAGUAUUUAUCGUCGUCUCAUAGGUCGAUUAUUUUAUCUUCAAGUAACUCGCCCUGAUAUAACAUAUUCUGUUAAUUACUUGAGUCAAUUCAUGCAGCAACCAUGUUCUGGUCACUUGGAAGCUGCUCAUCGUGUAGUUCGUUACCUUAAAGGUAAUGUUAGCAAUGACAUCUUCCUUUCUGCCACUAGUUCUUUGUCCCUUGCCGGUUACACUGAUUCUGACUGGGCAGGGUGUCCUACAACUCGUCGAUCAACGACAGGGUAUUUUGCAAUGCUAGGCGAUAGUCUUAUUUCUUGGAAAUCUAAGAAACAACAAACAAUAUCGCUUUAUUCUGCCGAAGCAGAAUAUCGUGCUCUUUCAAGAUUUACGUCUGAAUUGCAAUGGUUACAUUAUCUUUUUCAGGAUCUUCGAAUCACUAUUACGAAGCCUAUUCCUGUUUAUUGCGACAAACAAGCUGCUAUUCAUAUUUCUGAGAACCCAGUUUUUCACGAACGGACUAAACAUAUCGAAAUCGAUUGUUAUUUUGUCCGUGAAAAACUACUAUCUGGUCUCAUCAAAUAA